AUGCGUGAGGUGAUCCGCGGAUCCCGCGCGCACGACACGCAAGCUGAUGCUCACCAAGCACUCGCAAACGUUGAUCCUACAAGUCCUUCUGUUGAAAGAGUUGCAAGACUUGACCAGCAAGAGGCCGAUAACGGGAAUCCUCCAGAGAACAUCAACAUACAGAAUCAAACGUCGAACGUAACACGAGCCGAUAGUGAGACUGCCGUAGCAUCACCUUCGCCCGGCCCUUCUAGACAAGUCGCCUUUCGCACAGAUUCGAAAGAAUCAGGUCCAGCUCGAUCGCCCCUGUCGCGAGAUAGACGGAGAAGUAGUUCCUUCUUCAGAAACAACAGCGAAACAAGACCUGAAGCUGAGGCCUACUACGAUAGCAGAGCUGCCACGAAAAGAGAAUGGAGGCGCAGAGCAACUACAUUACAAGACUAUUAUCAACAGAAUCCUGAACUCCUCCCACAACUCCCUUUCACAUGGCACCGUGGCAAGAAGAGAUGGCGACUGAUCUUCUUGAUCGUGUUGAUGUGGAUCGAUGCCUGCAUCAUCCCUAUCGCACUCUACUAUGCCAUGCGCUAUGGUGGAAACAUUGAAGGAUGGAUCAUCUUCGCGAUAGUUACCACCAUCUGGGGCGGACCGACCUACCUCGAAUUCGGUGUUCGAACAAUUAAAUUGAUGAAAAAGGAGCGCUUCUAUCGACCCCUGGGCACGAACAGCAGAUGGUCCUUCGACUACCUGAAUUGGGUUUCUGUCGCAACUAUUACAGUCGUCACGUCACUCUUCAUCAUAGGCUCAGCGCCACAUGAGGUCUGGCUUCGAGUCCUCUGCAUGCCAAUGCCUGCGCUCCUUUAUUGUCUUGGAGGCUUUGCUGGAUUUCCGACCUUGUACAAUCACAUGGGCUGGAAAGCCCCCUUUCGAAUGUCCUCAACCGCAAAAGGCGAAAUACCCAAGCCAGGUGUCUACUACUUCAUGGAAGAUACUGUCGCGGUCAACGCAAACGCUGGUCGACCAUAUCGGGAAGCUCUUGCUGCACGGUACGAAGCAAGUCCUCGGUUUAGGGAGAUGAUCUACAACCAAAGUCUCUUCUGGUCGAUACCGCCUAUCAUCAUCGCAAUUCCACUGACCAUUAUCUCCGUUAUUAAUCCUGUGCCAGCUACGGUGGCAUAUGGUAUCACCUGGGCCAUACCCUUCAUCUGGGCCACUAUCUGGGGUCUAGUGAGCCUCCGGUGGUGCAAGCGCGAUAUGGUGCGAGAGAGAAUUGAGUGGGAAAGUACCAAAGGACCACUGGACGGCAAAUUCAUUGGCUUGGAAACCGACAACUCGAGUCAAACGCCGGAGCAGGCGGUAUAA